AAAAAAUACCUAAAAAAAUUUUGUCCAAAAUGUUUGCAGUUUUGCGACGCUCUGCACGAAAUUUUGGCAUCCAGAGCUGCAGCAUUCGUAGAAUACGUACAUCAGCGAGCAAAAGAAAGGAUGAUUUUUAUGACGUAACGAUUGUUGGUGGUGGAAUGGUAGGAGGUAGUCUGGCAUGUGCACUUGGAAUGGAGAGUUCCCUGUCAGAGCUCAAGGUUUUAGUUCUAGAAGCUGGCCCUGAUAAACAUUAUGUUCUUCCGGCAAAAUAUGAAAAUAGAGUGAGCUCCAUCACACCAGGCUCCAAAAGUCUGUUAGAAAGCUUGGGUGCUUGGGAUCAUAUUUGUAACAUGAGAAUGAAACCUUAUAAGAGGAUGCAUGUGUGGGAUGCAUGUGGUGAUGGCCAUAUAGCUUUUGAUACCUCACAAGAUGUCAGCAGUAAGACUGAAAUGGCAUACAUCAUAGAAAACUCUGUGAUUACUGCUGCUCUUGAUAAACAAUUGAAACAGUUAGAUCAGAAUGUAGAGGUUAAAUAUAAUGCAAGAAUAAAGAAUGUCAUUCCACCUGAUCCUGUUUGGAGUAUGGACAAACCAGAACAUAAUCCAUGGGCAGGAGUCGAGCUGGACGAUGGAUCUGUCAUUUAUUCCAGACUACUGGUUGGUGCAGAUGGUGUUCGCUCAACAGUGAGAGGAGUAAUGGACACAAAGUAUUUGACUUGGAGUUAUGGACAGUUUGGUGUUGUGGCUACUUUGGAACUUGGCGAGAUAACAGAAAAUAUUGUUGCUUGGCAAAAGUUUUUACCAACAGGACCAAUGGCAUUAUUACCUUUGUCUGAAAAUAUGAGUUCCUUAGUAUGGACCACGACCACAGAGCAUGCCAAGACACUAGUCAAUUUACCAGAAGACGCUUUCAUUGAUGCAGUAAACAAUGGAUUUUGGGAAGACUUGGAUAGAAGUCCUUUAGUUGAAACAGCAUCCAAGAUUGGACAGGCCAUUUCUUCGUUAUUUCAGCCAGGAGGAACACUGUCUGGUACCCAGAUACCACCAAGUGCAUCCAAACUGGUAGAGGGCAGUAGAGCAAUGUUUCCAUUGGGUCUUGGACAUUCAUCGCACUACGUCCAGCCUAGAAUAGCCUUAGUUGGGUGUUACACGUACAAGAAGGCAGUAGGAAUGGGAUUCAUGCGUCUAUUUGACUACAUCGAAGGUGCUAAUAACAAAUCGGUCAAGAUCCCCAUGACAGCACCAGUACUUAAUCAAAUCCAACCCGCUCAAGGUCCCUACUGCAAGAACAACUUCACCGUCAACUUCUUCGUACCUUUUAAUCUCCAAGCUAAUCCUAUUCCUCCAACAUCCAAAGACGUGUUCAUAUCUAGCAUGCCUGCUAUGUGUGCUUAUGUCAAGACUUAUUCUGGCUUUGGAUCCAAUACUGAUGACAUCCUAAAGAAUGCGGCAGCUCUCGCCGAGGCACUGUCCAAGGAUCGUCUGGGAGAUACGUACCACAAGGAGUAUUACUAUUAUGCUGGAUAUGAUAGCCCUUUUAAGCUCUUUGACCGCACCAAUGAUGUUUGCCUUUCAUUACCUAAAAAUACUCAAAUAACCUAUAUUUCAACAGAGAAAUCAUCGUCUGGUUGUAAACCUGUCGACAAAGAUACCGCAGCAAAAAGGAAACAACUAGAAGCUUCCAUUCGUGCACAAGUCGCUGCAGAAGAGAAAGCUUAUCGCAUUGUAGAGCAGUUGGUUCUCGAAAACUCCAUAAGCGAUGAUUAUUUGCUUGAAAUCGGAAAUUACAUCACACCAAGUCACUACUCUGAUAUUAUUGAAGAAAGAGGCAAUGUUGCGCAUCUACAAGAGUACGAGACAGAACGGCAGAGGGCUGUUGUACCUAUGAUCGUUGCAACAGACCUGUUGAAUAGGCUGUUUUCAACCUCCAGCAUUCUACCUGUUGCCGCAAGGACUGCAGGUCUUCUGGCAACUAAUGCAUUAAUGCCACUAAAGGAGCAGAUCAUAUCAUUUGCAAGAAACUAAUCCAACCAUGCAGUUCUUAAAAGUCACAUAAUUAUCAUUAGCAAUCCCCCCAGUAUUCAUACUACUUUUCCCAGUAGACGGAGGUAGUUGUGAUUUUUUAAUCGCCUUCGUAGCAUCUGUUAUGUUAUCCGCAAGUACAUUUCAAAUCGACCACGUGAUGCCAAUGCUGUACCACGAGGACAAGUUUUUUACACCACGUGAUUAAAACUUGACUGAAUUUUGGAGGGAGUCAUGAGGAAAACAGAUUUUAAAGCUGCUGUUAAAUCAACUGUUUUGAAAUGGAUGAAAAUAUUUGUUAAGCACUUUAACAACUCAGAUAUGAGAAAAAACUUUAUUAUAAAAUAGCCAUAAAGAGGUGGAUUGUUUUUUGACCAUGGUUCCUUCUACCUAAAACAAAAACUUUAAAUCUUAGGGAUAUGUCCUGAAACACUCUCUGGGCUGCUCAAAGUCAGGGCACAGCUAGUUAAUGGAUUAAAUUGGAAUUUAGCUUGUUAGGUUUUAAACAGGGAAUCAAAAUAUGGCAACCAAUUUGAAUAACUGUUCUGGACUGACUGGCUUCUUCAUGUUCAUGUGGAAAUACAAAAGCAUUUUCACAUGUAAGAGAGGCUAGUCAGUACGGAACAAUAGUGGUAUUCAAAUUGGUCACCAUAUUUUGAUUUGGUAAAGCUGCUAAUACACACUGCAAUUUUGUUUUGCACUGACAACACAAUUUCACAUUUUUGUUGCAGCUAAAAAUUGCAACAAAAUGAGUAUUAAAUCCUGAUUGGCUAGUCUGAAUAGGAUUAUUGCAUUGCGAGUAAACAUGGGUGAUAGACGCUGCAAUUUUCGCUAUUUUUAGGCAUGCAGUUCCUAAAAUGUUGCAGAGAAAAGUUCAAACUUUUUGAUUCGAUUUUUGCGUUGCGAGACAUYGUUGCUGUCAAAGUCGCAGUGCAUGAUACACGCUGAAAUUGUAUCUCGUGCUGGCAAUGCAACGAAAGAAUUGAGAUUGCAUUGCCAGUGCAAGAAAAAAUUGCAGAGUGUAUUGGCAGCUUGAACUGAGGAAGGAAUACUGGAGAAAUCAAGGGAGAGACCUAUCGCAUUGUGAAACUGAGUCAAGGAAUCAAACGCAAGACCCUAGAGGUGAGAGAAAAGUGCAUUUCACUUGACCACCCUUAAUUCAGCAAGCAGCAGGGAUUACCCUUUCCAUUAGAAUCCAGUAAGUAAUCACUCAAUAUUUAAUUUAAAAAUGUUUAUUUGGAGUACUAGCACAUCUGUGCUUAAUGUACAAUGUUAUCUUAGAUUGUAGACCUCAUGAAUAUUGUUCAAUAAUUAUUGUCUCAACUAGCCAACAUCAAAAUCAAGGAACAUCCCA